AGAGUCCCCAAAGUUGCCGAUGGCUGUCUCAUCUGCAAAUACCUCUCCAAGGUCAAGUAACCUGGUUUGGUUACGGAAGUCCUCGUAGCUUCUGGGACUAUAUCAGAGUGGCUUGCCGGAAAGUUUCACAGAACUGUAUCUGCAGCAUUGAAAAUAUGGAGCAUGUCAGUUCCUCCAGAGCUAAGGGUAGAGCCUGGAUCAGAGUAGCACUCAUGGAAAAACAUUUGUCUGAAUACAUCUCUACAGCUCUGAGAGACUUCAAAACAACCAGGAGAUUUUAUGAAGAUGGAGCAAUUGUCUUGGGUGAGGAAGCAAAUAUGCUUGCUGGCAUGCUCCUUGGACUCAAUGCUAUUGAUUUCAGCUUCUGCCUAAAGGGAGAAAGAUUGGAUGGCAACCUUCCUGCUGUAAUAGACUAUAUACCAUAUUUAAGGUUUACCCAAAGUUCUGAUAGCAUCAGCAGUGACGAGGAAGAGCUGAGGACUCUGGGAAGCAGUGAUAGUGAGAGCAGCACUCCAGAGAAGGUCGGGCCCCCAGUCAUCAUGGAUGAGAAUAGCUGGUUCCACAAGUGUAAGAGAGUCAAACAGAAGUAUCAGCUCACCCUGGAACAGAAGGGUUAUCUUGAAGAACUCUUACAACUUCGAGAGAACCAGCUGUCUGAAUCUGUCGCUCAGAAUAAAAUACUACUACAGAGGAUUGAAGAUUCUGACCUGGCUCAUAAACUGGAGAAGGAACAAUUAGAAUAUAUAAUUGUGGAGCUUCAAGAUCAGCUGACUGUGCUAAAGAAUAAUGAUUUAAGAUCGAGACAAGAGCUAACUGCCCACCUCACCAACCAGUGGCCUUCCCCAGGAGCUCUGGAUGUCAAUGCCGUUGCCUUGGACACGUUGCUUUACCGAAAACACAAUAAACAGUGGUAUGAAAAAAGUUAUCAGAGCCUUGACCAGUUAUCAGCUGAGGUUAGCCUUUCUCAGACUUCACUGGAUCCAGGUCAGUCACAAGAAGGAGAUGGAAAACAAGACACAUUAAAUUUAAUCAGUGAAGGUAAAGAAGAUACUCCCUCAUUACUUGGUCUCUGUGGGUCUCUAACAUCAGUGGCAAGUUACAAAUCUCUAACAAGCCUAAAAUCAAAUGACUACCUUGCAAGUCCUACAACAGAGAUGACAAGUCCAGGGACAAAGAAGACCUGGAAGCCCUUAGAAGAAAUUAUUUAGAGGCAUCAGAACACACUCAGAGCUUGCUUCCUUUAGCUUAAGUCUUUAGCACUUGUAGUAAUGCAAAUCUUCUUGAGAAAUGGUACCAUCAAUCUAGUCUAAUUCUGUAUACCUUAUUGUGAAUGAUGUAUCUACAGCAGUGUGUAACUCAGCAAGGGGAAUGGAAGGAAGGUUGAAACAAGGGUACUGGAAACCGUGGGAGGAGCGAAUGAGAAACGAUUGGGGGGAGGGGGACUUCAAAAAUUUCAGGCUGGCCUUAAGCACUGUUGUUGCUGCUUUCGUAACAACAGUCAGACUAUUUAAAUGCUUUCAUUCAUGGGCUACUCUCAAAUGACAUUAUCCUUCAGUAAUUAAAGAAAAUCACUAUUACAUUUUCUGUACAUUUUUAUAAUACAGAAAGGAAAUACAGGAUUCCCUAAUUGAUCAAAAUUUUCGGAUUUGUUCUGAUGUGUACAGAACCUUGUGCAUCUUAACAAGCGCUGCUGAACGCAGACUGAAACAUGACAGCUGAGGACAGUGACUUUUUCUCCUUUCUUGGAGCUCUUGGUAUAAAAUGGAUCUGCUAAUGUGACUUCAGGUUUCUACACAGUUCACUUCACGCUAGUUUUAGAGAUAGUUUGUUAACAUUUGCAUGAGGUAUGUCUCGAUCUUCAGUUGUGUUCAUUGUUCACACACCCUCCCCUAAACAGAAUGCUGAACUAUAUGCUACUAUUUCCAUGUGUAUUUUGUUGCCUUGAUGUACGAUACUUGUUGCAUGUAUAUUAAACAUUUUGUACCAUGUA